UAGGCAACUAGAUAAUCAGUGCCUUGUAAAUGCUGUACAUUAUCAUUACAAGUCCACCCCACCAGAAAGUUGAUUUGAAUAAAAAGAGAAAAAUCCAACAAGCAUAACACUGAAAAUUUCAUCAAAAUCAGAUGUAAAAGUAAAAAGUUAUGUUUUGAAUUUCGCUUAAUUUCAACAAAACAGUUAUAUGCACAUCCUGUUCGGUAUGCAAACGAAGAGACUGAUGUCAUCCACUCACUACAUGUAUUUCUUUUGUAUUUUAUUAUAUGAAAUAUUAAAUAUUCUAAUUUUCUCAUUGUCAAGUGGAACAAGGAUUAAUUCCUCCCUGAACAUGUGGAAUUAGCAUUGUUUAAUACUGUAUGGUUCAGUCAAGUUGGUCCUUGUCAAAUCUGUAAAAAAUGAAAUUUUGUUUAAUUCAAACAAUAAAGAACAAAAGAAAUAGUGAGUGAGGGACAUCAUCGACUGUCUCACUUGUAUGUCACCAAGUUGUGCAUAUCAAUGUUUUGUGAUAAAUAAGCAAAACUUUAAAAUGUCAUAACUUUUUUUAAUAUUUUACAUCCCAUUUUGAUGAAAUUUUCAGCACUAUGCCAAUUUUAUUUUUCUCUAUUUAUUCAAAUCAACAUUUUUUAGAGGUGAACUUGACCUUUAAAUUUGUAUUAUGUGGGUGAAUGUGAACACACUUUAUUACAGAUCAGGUCAGGGGCGUUUUAAGGCUUGAAUAAUUUUUUUUUGCAAUUUUCAGGUAUCAAAGCAACUACUCUGAAUUUACUCUCAGUGUUUUUUUAAUUGAUUUUCUUGAUAAAGACUUUGCACAAUGGAGACCCUUGACUUCAAUCCUUGAAGACUUUAUCUUCUCCUGCAGUCCAAGGCAUAGCAAACAGUGUUAUCUUUGAUGCAUUGACGUAUGAAAAGGUUAUCCAUCUAGCAAGCAUUGUGCGUCAUGUGCUCAUGAAAUUACAGUUUGUUGAUAUGUAGCGGUGAAAUAUGUCUGCGUAGUUACAUAAGUAGCCGGUAGUAAUUGAAUUUAGUGAUUAUUCCCAGUUUUCUAAUCUUUUCUCUCAUCGGAAUGAUCUUCAGAAUAAUAUAGAUGUUCCACUUAGAAGUGAUAUUGUCAAAAGGUAGAGAACAAGAAAAGGAAAUUUUCUCUAAUGACUUCACAGGGAAUAAUAUCUUGUUAGCUGUACAUACCAAGGUUUGUCGGUGAUUAUUGAUCAGAAUGUUUGUGCUUGGAAGCUCAUUAGUGGUAGACCUGCUCUGACGUUAUGCGUGUGUCAUUAGUAAGAUCUUGUGGGCGGAGGUGGUGAUGCAUUGGAGUCGGACUCAUAGAAUACGAAAUCAUUGCAGUUUUAUCUCUAUCUAUCAGAAUACAUCUCUGCAUCUGUUCAGAUUUGAUCUUUUUCUCCCGAUGCAUCGCUUUGUUCGAUUUUAUUGCCUUAGUUAAACUUCAAUGGUUCUUAUCGUCAGUAUCUAUGAACUUGCUCAGAUCCCUCAGAUAACAAUUGUUAUUUCGGAACAGGAUGAAUGUGAAAAAUUCUUGUUGUCAGUCUACUUAUCAUGUGUGGAUGAAAACUUGAUAUUCUUCUAAAUUCAAAUCUGCUUGACGGAAUAUCUUUUUUUGUAUCAACCACAUAUGCUGUUUUCAUCUAAUUAUGUUGCUUGGUGAAGGUGAUAAUCGACCAAAAUGCUCUGAAUAAAUGAGUUCUUUGACAUUGGAGUUUUACAGUGCGUCAGAAGUGCUAGUAUUCUUGCAAAUAAUUGAUAAAAGAUAAGGAUUUCAAACCUAUUAUGGCAUUCUAUCAAAAGCUGACUCUUGCUGUGUAUAUCAACAUUCUCCAAAAACCAAAAGCAGUAAGCUUUUGAGAGCAGAUACAGCUUUGGAGUUUUGGAUGGCCAAGGAGAAAGGAUACGCACAAUUAAAUUGAUGUACAUGAUGCAUGUCUCGUGAUUUUCACAAUUUACAGAGAUUUCAUCGACUAGGACAUUAUCUGUCUGGGAAAUAAAUGACCUCUCCACCCUUCUAAUUGGUUUUAAAAAUAGUUCAAAGGCUCUUUUCUUAUGUUGUGAUAUAUGAAACAUUAAGUUAUUGGAUUAGAAGUUUUACGCUGUUUAUGGAACUGCCCAUCAGAGCUUUGUCGGUCUAUUUGGCAAGAAUCAUCGGGAGUGACAUUUAAACAAAAAUCUUCCGCAGUUUGGCGAGUACUUCUCUUUGUGAGGUCACUGUGAAAGGGGAGACCCAAUGACAACACACUGACUCAAGCUACGACUCAACUUCCUUUCUCUUUCUACCUUCUUCUCCUCCUUGUUACAGAGCCCCAUUGCAAAAUUAUACAACCUUUGGCAGAGCUUUUAAUGCCUCUACAUUUCCCCUUCCCCUCCUGUAACAUCCUAGCAUACCCCCCCCCUCCUCUUGACUGGCAAUCAUCUCUUGGCUGAGAGUGACGAUUGAAGCGACUCGUCUCUGAGUAACCCUCCUACAGGUCUCUCUCUCACUCCAUCGCUGCAGAGCUGAUUGUCUACGUUAGUUAGCUCAGUCGGCCGGUGCUAGUUGCCGGGUGAACUCUGCAUGCCAGCAAGCUCUCCAAGUACACUGUUUGGGGUUGCUGCAAUGCUAGGCAGACGGGGCAAGGAACCAUGAUUUUCUGUCCGAAAGGCAACUUUAUUUUGCUUCUUUGAACUUUUUCAUGUCAAUGCGGCAAAUUUGACAAGCUGCAUUUUAAUUUAGUACGGAACCUUUACUGCUGCCAGAAGUAGAACUUUAAUGACAACUGAGAUCUGAACGUGAUGUCAAUUGAACAGAGUACUUGCAGAUGAAACAUUGUCAGUAAAUUAGAAACUGGAUUUUAAUGUGAUUGACACUUCUGGAAAAAAAAAGGAAACUUGAUAUUGAAUGGUUUGGAACUAAAGGAGGUUAGAUACAACUGAAAAUGUGCUGCAGGUUCAGUUUUCUCUGAAAGUCAACCACUUCUAAAAGGCACGACAGAAUCUGUUUGACUGCCUUUACACUGCAUAACGGAACACAACACAACUUGAGGGAUUAAAAAAAAACAAAAAAACUUAUGACUGCCAUUACCAAUUCACGCUUCCCCAUGAAUUUAGGAGCGCUUGACUCUAGGCACUAUACGCCAAGUAUGAAUACCAUUAACUAUUCAAGCUAUAACAACUGGUGCGCCCUGGCUGGGUUCGGGAAAGGACAGAAAACCAAAAUGUAUGACAAGUUCAUGCAUGAAAGAAUCCUAAACCUUCUCUUGGAGAGGCGUGGUGGGAUAUCAUUUGACCGUGCAGAUAAGACAGCUCUUUAUGUUCGAAUGCUUGGUGAUGUGAUAGUCCACGGUAAGCUGGUGACAACGGAUCCUUUACCGCUCCGCCGAGGCUCUGUCCCCGAAAAUGAAUAUAAGGCACCACAGAUUUUGCCCAACAACAAGAUUCGGCGGACUAGCCUGCAGACGCCCACGGUGGCGGCCAUUGAACCCUCCCCGACAUCCACGUCAGCUUCGCAGGCGAAGCAGACGAAGAAUGAUGACGGUAACGAUGACCAGGCGAAAUCGUCUACUGCCCAACAUCGCACUCACCCUACAGUACUUCUUGAUGCUGCCUACCAUGGGAAAGCACAUCACAUGCUUCAAAAUAUUGGGCAGUGGGACUUCAACAUUUUCAAGUUUGAUGAAAUUUCCAAUGGUAAGAACAUAAAUAUGAUGAAACAGAAAAGCUUUUGAUCAAGAUAAAGAGAUAGUAAGAUGAAUCUGAUUGACGUGUGAAGUGGAGGAUAAAGGAAAGGAUAUAAAUAGUAUUGGUAGGAUGAUACACAUAGGAAAGAGUUACAGAAUAAAUGAAGAGACAGAUUUUAUCAUAGAAGGAAUGAUUGUGUGAUAAUAAUGCCUUUGAAGAGAAUUGACUGAAAGAUGUGUGUAUUGAGACAUUGAGAGAUGAUAUGUAUAAGAUCGUUGAAGGGAUUUAAUAAAGCGGUCUGAAACCACCUAAUUUCACCUCUGUUAGCCUCUUCAAGCAAGAGGUACAGAGCACCCUGCUUUGCUACCGUUCUCACUACCUUCCGAAACUAGUUUAACGUGUAAUGAGAACGGUCGAAGAGGUCUUCUGAACCAGUUCAUGAAACUACCUUGUGAUGUAGUUUUCAAGAUAGCUUUGCCUCGUUAAACUGGAUUUGGUGUGAGGACACAACCGUUCUUCGGGAAGCGAUCUACGCACAUUUUGAGCACGCCACUUCACACUACAGGUGUAGAAUGCCUAUGCUGCGGUUUCCAAUUUCGCGUGAAACGUGUCACCCCACUGAGAGCGUUUCCAUAGCAACAAGAUGGCUUUACGUGAAGUGAUUUUGAAAGCCAAUUUCGUGUGAUCAAAUGGGAAUGCUAGCAAAGCGAUCUUCCAAACUGGUUUUCUGAACCGGUUUCCAGUAAACUAGUUAUAGAAAGCGUAAUGAGAACGGUGUCUUAGUAAUUUUGUUGAAUCUUUUAAAAUGGCACUGUACAUACGUGAUGGCAACUACCAUUGUAACAGGGCUUAGCAGCCAAUCAUCAUCAAGGUUUCCAUGGUAGUCGCCAUAAUGGCAAAGUUGCAAGUCCUUUAUGAAACAGGCCCUAGACCUGCCCAAUAUAGUAUGACAAUACACCAGUCGGUGGACUGUACUUUAUCAGAAGAAGAAGAAGGAGUUGGUUUCAUUCUUGUGACUGGAGACAUUGUAUGAAAUGAGGGCACUAGGCAGUUUUGCCCCCAUGGCAAGCUAAAUGGCCCCCUAAAAUUCCUUCAAUUGAAUGUUUUGGGUGACCAUCUUUUCUGCAGUUACCCCAAAGUUUGCCACAAACAAUAUUUAAAAAAGUUUUUAAAAAGGAGCCCUUGAAAUGAAAGAAAUAGCCCCAAAACUUCGGCAAUUUCCCCACUUGUGGAAAAAGUAGCGCCUAAAAAUAUAAAUGAUUUCCUACCCUUUACUUUAGUGUUAGGAUAGGAUUCAAACUAAUGGCAGAGAUGCAAAUACUUGGAUUGUGUAGUCUUUCUGAAGAAGGCAUGCUUAACUCCUUUUUUCUCACUCUGCCUUAUUCAUUUCAAAUGUUCAGUCUGCAUUAGAAUAUUAAGCAGUCAACAUUAAUACGUAUUAAUGAAAGGAUUGAAAAUGGUUGAAUGAUGGCAUAAACAGAUAGACGAUCAUCAAUGUGGUAUAAGUCUCAGGUGGAUUGGUUGGCCUUAACAAGCAUAAUAAAUGCAUUGUUGUUACAUCUUUCUUAAAAUCAGCUCAUCAUUGUCGUCAGUAGCUGACGACAAUGUCUGUCUUCAGUUUGAUUGAACACCCCCCCCCUGCCAUCUCACCUGUGUUUCUCUUCGCUGUUUUGCCCUGGGGGCGUACUCUUUCCAUCGCGACCAUCAGAUGGUGAAAUGGACAAGAAGAUAACAGGAAAACGAGCAAGUUGCUAGUUGCCAUGGAAACUGUGGUGAUGAAUUUUGCCAUCGUCAAUAACAAGCUUACUCUGCAGGUGUUUUUUGGACAACUGUUAUCCCUAUGAUGGGUUGAUUGUAUUUAUAUGUGCCCUAUUCAUUAGAUCUCACUGUCCCUUUCUUUCACAGUCCUAAAUCUUUUCCUCUUGGUAUUUGUCAACUCUCAGUUUACAAUACCUGAUACAUUCUCUGAGUAAUCUUUAAAUAAAAGCUACAUGUGAAUAUGCUAACAUAUGACUUAAAAAACUGAGCUGCAAGGCCCCACUUUUCAAAUACAUGUAUGUCUGAUAUGAUACAAAAAUGAGGCCCUCUCCCCCCCCAAAAAAAAAAAAUCACAUCCAAAAAUCAUUAUUUAGUGCUGCACUCGAAAUCAUCACACUCGAUCGUACCCCUCACCCCUGCCCUCGGCUGGCGGGGUUGGCCGUAUCGAAAACAUUCAUAUGCAUACAAUAGGUGGUUUCAAACCGCCUCGAUCAAAAGAAUCCCCGUUAAAUUACGAGAACUUUUUUAGGCUGAAAAAUACCCAUUAAUUAUUCCUGCAUUCACACCGCCCUGAAACAUACCCUUCGGGAUAAGUUCCUGAAGUUACGAGCAUGCGCAGUAUGGUCUGAUAAGCAGGCAAGGCGCGAGAUUCAAAAUCACUAGCCCAGCAGCCACCCACGGCGCCGCAUCCUACGACAUGCUGGGCUAAAAGUUCCCGUAAUUUGCUUUCACAUCGCCAAAAUACCUGCGACCUUGGAAAAAUCCCACCGAAAGUUCUCGUAAUUUCGCCAAGUACCUACUAUUUAGCGGGUAUUUUCUUUUGGGGAAAUUACGCGUAGUUUGCUUUCACAUUACCAAAAUACCUGGUAUUUUCUGAUCGGGGUAAAUUUCCCGAUCAGAGAAUACCUGGAACUGGCCAACUUCGAGGCGGUCUGAAACCACCUAUUGUUUGAUUUUAAUAUGGCUGUGUGUUGCUGCCCUCUAAGUUCGAAGAUGUAACAGCAUGAUAUCGCAGUCUUGAAAUCCAAGAUAGUGGAUAGGCCGAAAUCAUUGACUACUCAAAACGAUGUCAAAAAACCCCCCCAAAUUAUCAAUAAAAUUUCAUUCAACCGUAAAAUAAUGCUAAUAAUGUAAAAGGUGAGGAUGUAUUUAUGUUAAAUGUGUUUGUCAAAAUAUAUUGUGUACCCAGAUAGAUCCGAUUAGAGCGGAUUCUACUGCGUUGUUGGUACAGUAGCAGAUAAAAAUUUUGACCAGCGCAAGUGUUGUGACAUCGCUACUCAAUGCGUAUUGAUAUUCUGUGUAAAAGGAAUUGUCACUUUUUCAUGUACACAAAGUCUAUGCGGGAAACAGAAUUUCUGUUUUCUGACAUGCUGAAAUGGAAUUUAAGAUUUUCUGAAACAGAUAAGGCAACUUUUUUAAACAGAAAAUCACUGUCCCUAAAAACCAUCUUAAUGUUAUCACAUAUGUGUUCUAAUAACGACUCAAAGGCAUGAAAUUAUAUAAUAAAAUCUUGGUUUGCAUAGUAUAUCUUUUCUUUUUCAAUAAUGGUUGUUUUCUUGGGUUUUUAGUUGGAAUACAUGUACUCAUACACACGUUUCAUCUUGGUUUGAAAAUGUUUUUAAUAGGUUUUUCGAAAAACUAGCCUAUGCCUUUAACCAACCCAAAGUUAAACAUUAACAUCCCAUUUGUUGUUUAAAAACAAUCAAUUUAUUUUGCAUGCGAUUCUGUUUUAACCAAAAGUUGGUGGGUUCAUAUCUGAAACCAACUUCUAAGUUGCUUAAAGAAAUUAUCACAAUUUUACACAAUUCUGGAGAUUUCUUGCAUUUUCUAAACAGAAAAAUCUCAUUUAUUUAGUAAAAGGAAUGAAGGGAAAAAAUGAAAAGCUUUAGUACUCAAAGGGUUCUGUGCAUAGAAAAUCUAUACAGCUCAUCUAAUUUGCUGAUGGCCUAUUAUGACUAGUGAUCCUAUAUAAUUCAGUUAUUAUCAAAUUUAGUGUUGCCAAUUUGGCCUUAUGAAUAGGUUAAAUCCAGUCACCCGUUAUAGGAUUCUUUUGUUUUGUAUCGAUGGAUAAUAUUGUGCAUCCAAUCUGGGAUACCCUCCGGCCAUCGUUCAUCACUAAGAACACUUGGUCAGAAUUUCAGACUGACCUAUAAUCAGGUUUACUUUCUGAUUUAUUUUCACAUUUCUUGUUCAUUCCUCGAUGAUUCAUCCUGUUUGAACUUCAUGUAGGUGAAACAAAUGCUUUUUAUUGACUUUGUUAUAUCUGUUGAUGUUAUCAUAAAUUUACAAAAUUGUGUUUUAUGACAAUAUAUUUAAUUUCUUUUUUAAAACAGGUGACCUGUGAGUCAUAUCUUCCAAGUUCCCAAUAUGAUAAUAAUAAUAAUAAUAGUUUCCUAAACUGAUUAAGGAAACAAUUUCAAGAAUGUAGAUGAGAAUGUGGUAUUGGAGAUGGUAAGAAAGUACUUGCCUUUGAAACAAAUAGAGGGCAGUUUCAAUGUCAACAAUGGAGCAUGAUGGUUUUAACUGCUGCCAAAUAUUGAAGCCGAGUAACAUUAUACGUUCUUAAAAUCGAUAGCUUGUAUCUCUGUGUUUGAACAUGACCAUAGUAAUUCAAGAGUACUGAAGGCCCGUAAAUGGUUUUAGUAGAAAUCUGUAGAGGCUGUAAUUACAUGCAAACGCUUAACCACAAAGUAAUUUCAUUUCAACCGAGCAAUGCUAUCUCUUGUCCAAUUUGAUUUCUUUCUCUGCUGUCCUGUACUCUGUGUGGUACAUGUUAGCGUGAAUCCAGGUCUGUUAACGAUCACGGAACAAAUGCUAUUAAGAUCCAGCAAAUAUCUAACAGUAACAAGCAUUUGAAAAUUGUAUAUUUGUAGUUGAAUAUUAUGACAAAUUAUUUUGAUAGGGAAAAAAAAGAUCGCUCAGGAAUCGGUGAUUUAAUUUAAAAAAAGUGUAUCUUCACAAGAUAAGUCUUUCUUCAAAGUGUGAUAUAACACAUGCCCACAUGUGCUUAUUCGUGUUAGGUAUUUUCAGUGUUUCCCAGCACAACCUUUUUCCCAUUUAUUUCACUCUGUUUGGUUUCAUUGACAUUUGUCAAGACCUACUCCAAUCACUUUGAUUGUAAAGACUUUUGAAGGUAUUACUGCGUCUAUUGCUAACGAUGUCAAGUUACGACUUUUUCAGCCAAGAAUAAUGGGUUAUUCAUCCAACUUCUUUUGAUCUAAGAUUGAAUAAUGUCUAUCGCAAAUGCAUAAAUAGUUGUUUCUAAACACAAUUUUCAUUUAGAGUAAAGUCACAAGUUCUUUCCUUGAAAUUGGAACAUUCAGUAAAAUGAAAAAAAAUAUCCCUCUAGAGUUAGAGAUGUGGGUGCUUUGCGUGGUGUACAACAUAGUUUUAUUUAACUCUCCUUUCUUGAACGUGAGAU